AUGUACGAUGUGCAGCGACGAUUGGAGCUUAUGAAGUCUACCAAAGCAUAUGUGCAGCGUCGUGGCUUCGCAAAGCAUCUCAAUCUCAUCGCCAAUGUGAGCACAGAAGAUCUUUUGAAGGCAAUGGCAUUGCAUGGGGAAGCUGCGGACAUUCGAACUCUGAUGCAAGAUGCCAAUGUAGAUCCAGCUUUGAAACGUGCUCUGGGCGGAGUGCUGCAAUCAACCGCCAAUAUCAUCGGCUUGGAAGGACAUCGCAGUCAAAUUCGACUUCGUGGUCAUGCAGCCGGUUGGCACUAUGGCAAUGCGCAUCUUUUUGUCACACCCAAUCUGGCUGACGUUCGUGCACCGUUGAUGUUGCAGCUGCAUCUGCAGACGAAUGGCAUUGCCGAAGUGGAGGCACAGAGUAUUUGCUUGGAUUGGGACGAUGAAAUCCCGGGCUUGCCUACGGCUGCGACCAUGCGAAGAAUCAUUGCUCGAGAUCCAGUGUCCCAGGCUCGGUUUUUCUAUCUUAUGAUGAAGAUCUUUUUCGAAGAGCUGCUUGGCAUCGAGCCGACUUUUCAAAAGGAACGGUAUGCAGUUGGAUUUCCACGCUGCUUCGAAGAUGGCAUGGCAACUUCAUUGUAUGGUGGCAUCUUUGGUGAUAUUGCUGCUUUGUGCGGACGUGGAUCCAUGCAUCCACAUAUCCUCAUCGUCUUGCUGGGUCAUGACCUCAUCAGUCGUGUGCACACCUUGAUGCGUCGCAUUGGACAUGGCGAGCUGGUGGUGGAACUGCAAAGGUGGAGUCGCAAAGUGUUGGAAGCUGCUGCGAAGAUUCGCUGGGACAGUCAAUUGGCUUUGUCCGAUUGCUUGAAUGUAGAAGGUACACCUUUGCCGUUUUCCGAAAAGCAACGCAGUGAGUGUGGCAAACAAUAUGCGGAGGUACCGCUUCAAGCAACGGAACCAGAUGGUCAUGAGAUCAUUGCCGAUCGAGAACAACAAGUUGGUCCUCCACGUUUGACUGGCUGCUUUGCAUCGCUGCGACCGCGAUAUCUACGACGCAAACUUCAUGAAGAGUUUCCCCGUGCAAUUUGGAAGACUGCCUUUUGUUCUGAUUAUCGACGACUGGUGAUUCAGAAUCAUUUCCACAAGUGCACAAAGUCGUGUUUCAAGAAGAGUGCCAAGAAGGGAAAGCGAGGCUGUCGAUUUGGUUGCUUUCAUGUCGAACUUUUCAAAGACGAGACGGAUGGGAAGAUGAAAACACGUUGCUAUAAAGGACGGCCUCGAGUUCAAGAACCUCGAUUUGUUCGAUUGCCUCAUGAAACAGCCGAUGUCACAUUGCUGGAGCAUUUCAAAAAUGAGAAUCCACACGUCAUGCAGCCUCGCCGUGAUCAUCCUUUCGAGGGCAUGAGCAAUCCUGCAGCUCAAGUGGUCAUGCGAUGUAACGUGGAUGUGAAGUAUUUGGGUCGUGCAUUCGAUGCAGCUGAUUUGGAGAAAGUAGCAUCAGAAGUCGGUGGUUUGUCCGCACUGGAUCCUCAAGCGUUGCCUGAUACUGAUGCUGAGCCACAACAGUCUACAAGUGCCUCCAGUGUUGAUGUCCCAAUGCACGACGUCAAUUUGGACAGUGGAGAUGUCGAUGACAGCAUGCAAGUUGUUCGGGAACAGGUGAAAAAGCGGAAGACUGCCACCAUGAAUGCUUUGGGCCCUCACAAAGAUACUUCGCAGUUCUCGCAUACCAUGGAGCGGAUUCUGAUUGAUAUGUUUCGUGACAUGGAGGAUGUGCAGUUCUACACUGGUGAGUAUGCAAGUAAGAAAUUUGAGGUCUCCAGAAACUUGCUCCCUGAACUGUAUGCUGGUGUGCAGAAGUUGGAAACAGAAGAGACCGAGUGUCUCCAAAGUGCCAGCAUCGAAGAAGAUGCAACUGCGCCCCAGGCAGCGUCCUCUGCCAACCUGCCUGGGGGUCAGCAGCAGCACAGGGCACUCAGCAUCCUCCGACGCCUGGCUUUCGGCAUGCAGCGAUGCGUUGCAAAAUCCAACGGAGAGAUGGCGUACCAGCUUUUGUACGAACAGGAACAGUAUGUGACGUUUGGAGGGUACAACAUGUUCUUCCGCUACAUCCCCUAUGCAAUCAUGCAAUGCCGAUUGCAAGCACUCACGGAUGCGUCAGCCGACCAUCCUGAGUGCGCCGUGCCACCCCUCGAU